UUUUCUUCCUCCCUCCAUAACUCAUCCAUUCCAUAUAUCUCCCCCUUUGUCCCCAUUUCACCUUCUGAUUGGUUAUCGUCGUGUUUGGAAGGACUUCGUCUACGCAGUAGACGCAAAUUAUCAGCUUGAUUGACCACACUCUCGCACCCCCUCCGCCACCAUGGUUCUCGCCAAAUCCAAAAACUCCGUGGGGCUGGGUAACAGCCUCAUGAAGGAUCGAUUCGGCAAAGGAAAGCAGUCCAACAUGAAGAAAGCUUCGCAUAACGCCUCGAUCGCCCGUAAGGAUCAGAAUGGAGAAACCUACGUCACCAAUGCGCCCCAGGAAGCCGCCUGGGUGAAGAUGCGCAGUAUUACGGAACAGGGCGCGUUGGACGAGUUUUUGAGUACGGCCGAGCUGGCUGGCACCGAUUUCACCGCGGAGAAGAUGAGCAACGUCAAGAUCAUUCACGGCGACCAGAAGAACCCCUACCUGCUUUCCGCGUCCGAGGAGCGAAGCGCCGUCAAGAAGCAUCAGAAGAACAAGAACCGUCUGACCGUUCCGAGACGGCCGAAGUGGGAUAAAACGACGACGCGCGACCAACUCGAGAGCAUGGAGAGAGAAAGCUUGUUGAACUGGCGUCGGGGCUUGGCGGAACUGCAGGACAACCAGGAUCUUUUGAUGACCCCGUUCGAGCGUAACCUGGAAGUUUGGCGUCAACUGUGGCGAGUUAUUGAACGGUCGGACCUCGUCGUGCAGAUUGUCGAUGCGCGAAACCCGUUGCUGUUCCGCUCGGAGGAUCUGGAAAACUAUGUCAAGGAGAUUGACCCCAAGAAGAGGAACCUGUUGUUGGUCAACAAGGCUGAUAUGUUGACGGAAAAGCAACGAGAGUCCUGGGCUGACUACUUCGACGAGCACAACAUCAGCUUCCGGUUCUUCUCGGCCCAUCUGGCCAAGGAGCUAAACGAGGCUCGACUCUUGCAGGGAGAUGGUUCGGACAGUGAGAGCGAGGCGGAGGAUCUUGCGGAGGCCGCCAAAUCCAUGAAGAUACAGGAAGAGCAGUCCGAGAAAACGCCGGCUGAGGGCGCCCAAGAGGAGCAUGAUGGAGGACUGGAACUACCUGGCUCUAGCCAAUCGCGGAGAACAGAAAUCUUGAACGUGGACGAGCUGGAAGAGCUCUUCCUGUCCAACACGCCCGACACUCUUCCCGACAGUGACAACCCGGAAGCGCAGCCCAAGCAGAAGACCACCAUCGGUCUGGUGGGUUACCCCAACGUUGGUAAAUCUAGCACCAUCAACGCCCUGCUUGGAGCCAAGAAGGUGUCGGUUUCCGCCACCCCCGGUAAGACCAAGCACUUCCAGACUCUGUACCUCUCUCCGGAGAUCAUGCUCUGCGAUUGCCCUGGUCUGGUGUUCCCCAACUUCGCAACGACCAAGGCAGAGCUGGUGGUCAACGGUGUGCUUCCCAUUGACCAGCAGCGUGAGUUUACUGGGCCCUCGGGACUCGUCGCCCAUCGAAUUCCCAAGGACUUCGUUGAGAACGUCUACGGCAUCAAGAUCCACACCCGACCCGUCGAGGAAGGCGGCACCGGCAUUCCCACCGCGCACGAGCUGCUUCGCGCCUACGCGCGAGCCCGUGGUUUCGCCACGACGGGUCAAGGCCAGCCCGACGAAUCGCGUGCUGCUCGAUACGUACUGAAAGACUACGUUAACGGCAAACUGCUUUUCUGUCACCCGCCGCCGACCCCUGAGGGUCAAGACUCCAUCGACACGCGCCAGUUCAACGAGGAUCUCUACGACGCGGCUCAUCUGCCUGCCCGACGACAGGCGAUGCUCGCCAAAACCGGCCAUAUUGAGCCAACCAGCGACGACGACGACGAGGAGGAAAUCCUGGCUGGGUCGUCGUCCGCCGCGCCCGCGCCCGUUCCUCAAGGCUUCCGAUCCCGCGACCUCGACACGGGCUUCUUUGGGCCCGGCUCCAAGACGUCCGGCGGCCGUCUUACGCUCCCAUUCAACCACCAGUACACCGAUCAGGGCCAGGAAAUGCGCAAACACCUCACAGGACGCAAGGAGCGACUGAUGGUUGCCCUGGAGCGUGGAGUGGACGUCUCGGAAGUGCGAUCCGGCAACUCGAAGAAACAUUUCAAGGGCAACAAGAAACGAGCCAAGAGCAAGCGCAACAACCCCGCUGACGAAGAUUAUUAAAUCCGACUCUUUACUCGCGGGCGAGUUGUUAUCGCAUGGUCUUUUUUCUAGUUUCCUUGAUUUAUUUGAUCUUAUAAACGUGGCGGUUACCGAGGGUUAUUUCCUUUUCUUCUUUUUUAUGACAUGGCAACGCAAUGAGGAGGGGCAUGCUAUCAAAAGUAUAUUGUUCAUGGUUACGGCCAUUCUGAUUUCAUUGUUUUUUAAUGCGUGGUUUCUAGAGAGGGAAAUACCGGGGCCUUGUUUGGUCCAUCCCUUCUUAUGACUUAGAUAUCUAGCUUCCCCAUCCGACCGGAGUUAUGUUUAAUGCUCACAUAUGAAGAUGAAUCAAUGAUGGUGCUCUACGUGUUUGUGUUUUUUCCCCUCUGCCACAUUGAG